AAGACGUUUGAUGCACAGGGCUAGAUGUUGAGCCAUGGGGCCAGCCAGCAGACAUAAAGCAAGACGGAAGCUGCCACGGUCCAGCUGGUGCUUUUUUACUUGACCUUGUCGCUUCUUGUCUCUCUAGUACACCAGACCAACAUCCCGACCCUCGGGUUCGUUGACUCUGGCGCCAAAAGUGUUUCCAAUUUGGGUCUGACAAGCGCGAAUCUGAAACCGACAAAGAGCCUGCCGCGACCAAUACCUCACUUACAACCAGCCGGAGGCCAACUUGACAGCCGCCGGAGCCCGCAACAAAGCGUCGACUUUUAUAUCAACUCUCAGCCUCUGUUUUUUUCUGUGUUUCUCGUGCUCUGUGUGUUUUAUUUCCAUUCUUUUAUUUCAUAUACAUUCUUUUGGAUUUUUUUAUUUUUUUUGAUCGACAUCGAUCACCGCAAAUCACCAUGAACGUGGCUAUCAAAAUCCUGGAGAAGAAGGCUCUCAAGAAGCUGGGGAAGGACAAGACAAAUACUAACUCGGAGAACCCUUACCUCGAAAAAGUCCCGGUCUACAAGAACGGUAAGGUCGCAAAGUACAAGACUCAGGAGAGACCUAUUCCCCAAGGCCUUUCCAAGAAUGACGCCAAGAUUCUCAGGAAGAUCCGCCGAAGAGCCUAUCGUUGGGACAUGGGGUUCAGUUGUUGCUGCAUCCCCAUCCGGUUCGGCUGGUCCGCCAUCAUCGGUUUGAUUCCUGUCAUUGGCGACUUUGCAGAUUUCCUCAUGGCUCUUGCUCUCAUCAAGAAGGCCUCAAAGGUCGAUGGUGGUCUUCCCAAGCGUCUGUAUGGCAUGAUGUUCACCAACAUCAUGCUCGAUCUGGCAAUCGGUUUUAUCCCUCUCAUUGGCGACAUCGCGGACGUAUUCUACCGAGCCAACACGAAGAAUGCCUGGCUGCUCGACGCUUUCUUGACGGAAAAGGCAAAGGCGCUCCAGGCUGGUGUCGUUCAGGAUCCAGAGACGGGCAGUAUUGUCGAGAUGCCGGACGAACUUGCAGGGGCCGAGGGGGAUCGGGAUGUCGAAACCGGGGUCACAAGAACGGGUACGAUGCCAUCGCUUGCCACUCCAGCCGCCGUAACGCCGGCACGCUCUGGACGGCAGACAGGAGACAUGACAGCGGCCCCGCAAAGUGCACUGGUAGCUCCUGUGAGGAAUCUUACACCACCGCGAGCUCCGAUCGGGGGAGGCCUUCCGGGUCGUCAGAUUACACCAAAGCAGGACCCCAGAGACAAUCGUGGGAAGGCUGGUCGGAGAUAG